UCAAAUGUUAUAACAAACUCUGACCUAUCUAAAUUCAAAUAUUCAGUUUAAAGAAUACUACAACCUUGUCCGAAAAAGUAAAUGUACCAUAAUUUUUUAUUAGCUAAACUCUACUAAAUCCAGAGCAACGGUUACUGGAUAAAGAGUUAAAUUUAAGCGGGAUUUAGUUAGUACGUCUACUUUGCUUAAUAUUGAAUUGAGGGUUGACUUUUGUCUCAAGAGAUACCAUUAUUUUCAAUAGUUUACGAUUAAGAAAUACGUCAACACCUUAAAUUAAGAAACGAUAUUUUUUUCUGAAACCGGUCCUGAAACAAGACUAUACUGCCCUCGUGUCCCUCGAUUUGAAGCGUCUUUGGAGCGUCCUUAGUUGCCCAGCAUGGCAACGGUCAAACUUGGCCAUGUGGUUAAUCAACUACUUCAAGACAGCACUAUUAUUUCCGAUUACGGAAGAUUUUAUGAUGCUCUGGACGUACGGUAUCCUGAAUAUAUUCAACUAACCAAUCGAUACAAAAAUGCAGCUGCGAAAACAUGUGAGCUUUUCUACGAAAUAUUGCAAUACUGGGUGAACGCAGAAAAGGGGAAUGCAACGAUUUUUAAACUUUGUGACAUUCUUAAAGGAGCAGAGUUUGUCAACGCGGCAGAUAAUAUUCUUAAACUUGGUGAUCCUACUACUUUAAUCGUAGCUCCCACAAGGCAACAACCAUCUAACUCCACCGAUAUAUCCCAAGCAGACAAAUCAUUUAACAUUACCCCACCAAUUAGAACAUUCGUAGGACGAGAAAACGAACUUGUGCAGGUUAAGGAAUACUUCAAGGAGAAAAGAACCUGUGUAGUAACCAGCGCCAUGGGUGGUCAAGGCAAGACUCAACUUUGCAAAAAAUUUGUAGAACAAAUCCAAGACGAAAAUCCGUCCCAAAUUGUAACUUGGUUCCAAGGUGACACAUAUGAUCAACUCGUCGCCUCCAUCUCUCAAUACACGGAACAACUAGGCUUGCAAGUGAAAGAUAGCUCUGGAAAACCUUACCCAGUCGACAAACUUAUAAAUAAUAUUUCUGCCAAAUUAUUGCCCAGAAAAUUCCCUUGGCUUGUUGUCAUUGAUAACGUUGAUUCUGAGUACGACGGAUUUCCUGAAGUCAUCGAAGAAUUUACCGAUUCAUCAGCAUCCGUGCUCAUCACGACCCGACGUGCUAAUCUCCUCCAUGGAGAAACGGAGCAACUCAAGUUACAAUCCUUGUCCGAUGAAGAUGCUUAUAAACUGGUGCACAAUGCACUUAAAAAUGUCGACCAUGCCGAUGUCCAGCUACUUUGUAAAUUGUUGGGAAAUCAUGCCUUAGCAUGUGCACAGGCCGUCGCUUAUAUUCGUGCUCAACAAAAUUGUUCCACCGCAGGAAAAGGGUACAAGAUUUCCGACUAUAUUACCGAAUUUAACCAGGAUAAAGCAGAGCUUGUUAAGUACAAAUUGAAGUUGUCAAAGUACGACGAAACAAUCUACCUCGUUGUGAACAAAACAAUGAAAUUUAUCCGAGAGGCGGAUGGACAACAGGGAGAAAUGAGUCAGAAAAUAAUGGAUGUGUUAUGUCUGGUCAGGCCAGAUGGAAUUAUGGUUGAAUAUCUGAACAAAUUGGUUGACCAAUAUGUCCUAGGGAUGCUUGGACGGCCUAUGAAAUUGGUGAAAAUUUUACAGAAGGUCGACCAACUAGCAGAAGACGACAAGUAUAUAAGAUUGAAAUAUUUUAACGCCGGGUUAUUCAGACUCCAAGAGUUUUCUCUAAUCAACUUGGAUUACGAGGAGGUAUCCGUUCAUAGAAUGGUUCAAAAAAUAGCGAAAAUUGACUCAGAAUAUGCUGCAGGUUAUGUUCUAAUCCCAAUAGUGGAACUCGAAAAACAACAGCACCAGAGUUGCAACACGUUAUGAGCAUUUGGGAUUCUAUAGUAACUCAUGAUAAAAAGAGAGCGGUUUUUACCAAGCCAAACAUGGCCCACCAAAUCUUUUCUCGUAUGAAGGAACUACCCAUGGUCACUGAGUUGGUGGCAUUUGCAAAAACAAAUUACGAUUUGCUAUCUAUUCUGCUUGGGAAAGAAAGCAUACCCGCUCGACAACUACAGUUUUAUAUUGGAUGGGCUUUGAACGAAAAUGGAAAAUAUCAGGGUGCCAUAGACAUGUUCGAAACAAUGUUGGCUACACCGACAUCAAACGAAAUUUCCGAUGAAAGGUAUGCGGAAGUACUUAAAGUGCGUAUUCAAGCAGCAAAAGUUUGUCUAAAUGUGACUGACGGCAAAUUAGAUGGAAACCUUGAAAAAAAUUUGACACCGUUCAUCAAUAUAUUUUCAGACCAAUUAACAAAUUCAGAUAUUUUUAACUCAAUUGAUUUAGAAAAGCCUUUACAAAAAUUAGCG